UAAGUGUUUGGGCAAAGCGAGUAUGCAAGUAUGUCAAAGACUAGAUCUCUAGAGUAGAUCAGAUCCUCAUCUUCCAUUCCUCUUCUCGCCAUCAAAACGACUUGGUUUUUCCUUACCUAUCACUAUUCAACAAACUUAUCAGAUCAGAUCGGAUCCUCUUCCGAUUGGGAUCACUGCCGAGUCCAUGAGCACGCCAGCGAUUUCAGGGGGCACGGGCUUCUUCACCGGGUUCACUCGGUUAUGCAAGGGCCUUGCGGUGGUGCUGGUUUGCGGUCACAUUGCGGUUCAGUUUUUCCCUUCAGCUGUUACCUACUUCGCUCUUAUUCCCGCCAGUUGGGUGAGUUGUUGUUGGAUCUAUCGAGGAGGAGGUUCACUGGAAAAAUACAAACACCAAUGAGAUCUGAACCCAACCACAUAAGGACAAUCCCAUUUGCCUGGAAUCUCAUUACUUCUGGUUAUGUUGAACAAUCUAUAUAUGGGGUAGUGAUCAGCACAUUGGGUCUCCUGUUUAUUGGAAAGCUGCUUGAACCAAUAUGGGGCUCCAGGGAAUUCUUUAAAUUCAUCUUUGUGGUUAAUCUUCUAACUUCAAUAUGUGUAUUCAUCACUGCCAUUGCCUUAUACUACAUUACAAGGCUGGAGACUUACCUUUACAUGCCGCUCUCUGGAUUUCAUGGAGUUAUAUCUGGUUUCUUGGUUGGCAUCAAGCAAAUUAUACCGGAUCAAGAGCUUCCUUUCAUCAAGAUAAAAACAAAGUGGUUGCCAUCUAUCACUUUAUUGCUUUACAUUGCUAUUAGCUUCUGGACACUAGAGGCUACAACAUAUCUUCCUACGAUUAUAUCUGGCACAUAUAUAAGCUGGAUUUACCUUAGAUACUGGCAGAGGAAACCAGAAGCAAAACUUAGAGGUGACCCAAGUGAGGAUUUUGCUUUCUCCACAUUUUUCCCCGAAUUUUUAAGACCAGUUAUAGAUCCUAUUGCAUCAAUUUUUCACCGAAUGCUCUGCGGAAGAUCUAAUACUUCUAAUAAUGGGCAAGGCUACAAUCUGGAAAGUGAGCCUUUACCAGGUUCAGAUUCAAUUGAGGCUUCUAGGAGAAGAGAAAGAGGUGCUCGAGCACUGGAAGAACGAUUGGCUGCUGAGAGGUUGGCUGCUGCACGACGUGAAUUACAAAGGGAAGCUGAGGAAAAUGUAUAAUUCAGCAACAUCAGUUAUUGAUAUUUCCAGAGGUCGUACAGUAAUUAAUUAGAGAAUUUUUGUUUAGGUCAAGGAAGAUUUAAUGGGCAUUUUUCCUUGGAUAAUCUUUACAAAACCAAAGGUUUCUCUUUUGUCAGAUAAAUAUAAUUUACUUUCUUGCUGCGCUUU